GCAUUGCGUUGUCCUUCCGCCAUUUUAGCUGUAUUUUUACAAUGGAUCAGACGGGUGGUUCAGGAUCAUAUGAUCCACAGUCUGCUUUCGCUGAUGCAGUAGCUAGAGCAAGACAGAUUGCAGCAAAAAUUAAUCAGCCUGGGUCAGGUGAUGCUGGUGCACCCGUUGGUGUGAAAAGACCAUUUGAAGAUCAAGCAGGCUUUGGAGAACCUGAAGCAAAGAAGUCUGCUCCUUCAGUAAAUGAUCCGAUUGGGGCACAGCUCAGAUCAAUGUCCGAUCAACAAAGAUCCAGUCAGGCACAACAAGCUGCUUUGGAAGCUGCUGCCAAAAUAAACCAGCAGCUAGGAGUACCUACCUCACCAGGUCAGAUGUCGAAUGCUCCAAAACCAAAUAUGCAAGGUCCUGGAGGCAUCACAACGGAAGAAUUUCAAAUUCCCGACAAAAUGGUUGGCCUAGUUAUUGGCAAAGGUGGGGAGCAGAUCACUCGAUUGCAAAUGAAGACUGGUUGCAAAGUGCAGAUUGCACCAGAUAGUUGUGGUCUCCCAAAUCGUGCAUGUACACUUACUGGCUCUCCUUCAUCUAUAGAGGCUUGUAUCCAACAUAUGAAGCAAAUUAUUGAUCGUGGUAACAGCACCCAGAUGCCAGUUGACCCAACUUCACUAACUGAUGGGCAGUCCGUUGUUGAAAUAAUGGUUCCAGGUCCCAAAGUCGGCCUUGUUAUUGGGAAAGGUGGGGAAACCAUCAGGCAACUGCAGGAACGCGCAGAUGUGAAAAUGGUGAUGAUUCAAGACAGCAAUUCACCAACGGCUCAUGAUAAGCCUCUCCGAAUUACAGGUGACCACAUGAAAUGCCAGAGAGCUAAAGAAAUGGUUAUGGAGCUGAUGGCUGAAAAAGAUAUGGAGACAAUGGGUGGCUUUGGUCAGUUUAGCGGUGGUGGAUCUCGAGGCGGAGGUGGUGGUGGAGGAAUGGAGAUUCCGGUGCCACGUCCAGCAGUUGGUCUUGUUAUUGGUAAAGGAGGGGACAUGAUAAAAAAAAUUCAGCAAGAUACAGGAGCUCGAGUCCAGUUUAAACCAGAUGAUGGUGAUAGCGAAGACCGGAUCUGUUCUAUCACUGGACCACAGGAGAAAGUUCAGCAGGCAGUCAGCAUGAUCCAUGAUUUGCUUAAUAAUGCUAACCAAUAUGGUGACACUGGUCCUGAUCCACUACAUGCUAAUAACUAUGGUAAUUCUCCGGGUGGAGGCCCUAUGGGUCGUGGAGGUGGAGCGUUCGGCAUGGGACGUGGGGGGAGAGGGCGUGGGCGAGGUGGUUUUGGUCCUGGAGGCCCAGGAGGUCGAGGUAGAGGGUCUGGAGAUCCAAACUUUCAAGAUUUCACAACAUACGUUGUUCCUGCAGAUAAAUGUGGGCUUGUCAUUGGAAAGGGAGGUGAAACGAUAAGAGAAAUCAACCGAAUAUCAGGUGGUCAUGUAGAGUUGGACAGGAAUCCACCACCAAGUCCAGGGGAAAAGGUGUUCAACAUUCGAGGCAAUCCUGAUCAGAUUCAGCAUGCGAUUCAGAUGAUCUGUGAGAAGGCAGGCCUACCUGUUGAAGGUCCUGGUCCUGGAGGUCCCGGCGGUCCAAUGGGACCACCUGGAGGUCCCGGUCCUCAGGGUCCUGGUCCCCAAGGUCCCCCUGGUCCUGGACCAAAUGGUCCUGGCUUUGAACAGUUCGGUGGAUACGGACAGCCUGGGCAAGGACCAGCUCCUGGUUAUGGUGGUCAGGGUUGGAAUGCAUAUGGAAACCAGUAUCAAGCACCUCAGCAGAAUGAAGGUGAGAACACGCCAAAGUCCCCUGACAAUUCAAGUGCAUGGCAAGCCUACUACGCCCAGUACUAUGCACAGUAUGGUCAGUAUGGACAGUAUGCACAGCAGCAACAGCAGCAGACUCCCGGACAGCCACAGCCACAGCAGCAACCCCAGCAACAACAGCCACAGCAACCGGCGGUUGCUCAGUCUCAGCAGUCUGCUUCAUUCACCCCGCAACCAGCAGAGUCAAUUAAUCCCCAGACCGGUCAACCCGACUACUCUGCGGCAUGGGCCGAGUACUACCGUCAGCAAGGCAUGCACUACCAGGCUAACAUGAUCAUGCAGCAGGCACAGCAGGCGGGUACACAGCAACCAGCACCUCAGUAGGAUGGGCCACAUUGCGCACCAGGCUUGACGAAAUAUUGUCUGAGGGAUGCUAUUGAUGCCGGAUACUUUGUCCUGUCGAAUUGUAUCUUCGUGUAUAAAUAGGUGUAUCAGGCCAAGGGUUUUUCUUCGUAAUUAUUGGUCGUGUUUGUUUAUUAGCUUACUUUGUGUAAUAUGCAUAUCUUAACAUCCAUCAUUGCUUGUUUCAGUAUAUUUAGGUUUUAAAUAAUUGGUGUAAACAUGUGCUCAGCUUCACUAUAUUUUUUUUUUAUUAAAUUUUGUUUUUGAACAGUUAUUUUGAGGUUUUCAUUAUAUAUCCAGUAUGUUGUAAUUUUGUAUUUAUCAUGUUUUGGUAAUUAAAAAUAUUCACCCUUUGUAUUAUAGCCAUUUUUCAUUUUAACAUUUUUAAAGAUUUUUUUUUUUUUUUUUUUUUGCCCCUCUUUCCCCCAGUUUAAUACAUUUAGUUGGUACAAUUCAUGUUGAGAUCCUGUAGUUAAUACUUUUCAUUGACCAAGCUGGGCUACAUUUUUGUUUAUAGUUGUGUAACAUUCCACACGAUUUCACUUUUGCCAUAUGUGCUCUGUGUUUAGCAAUUAUACCUAUGAAAUAGUGAUAACAUUUUUUUUCUUUGAAUUUAACCAGGUUUCAGAAAUAUUACAUGUUAGGAUACUAAUUUGAACUUAAUUGUGGCUGAUGGUUUUCAGAAUGUGUGUGUAUACGUCUUAAAAAUAUAUUUGUGUUUAAUUUGACAAAGAACAAUGUCUCAUAACCUUUUUUAUUGCAUUAAUACAAGUAUUAUUUUAUGCUGUUGUGGCCUGUUUUAACCAUGUAUAUAGGUGCUUUUGAUGAAUAUUUCACAAUAGAUUUAUGCCUCAAGUAUUGUUCGUAUGGAUUGAUAAAUGUUUUAUACAUGUAUUGAUGAAGUUGUUUAUUUCCCCCCACCAAACUAUUGAAUGUACUGGUAUUAUUCUGUUAGAUGUUAACUUGUCUCUUCCUAAGAAUGGACAAUAAAGGUAAGAAUUGUUUAUAAGUACUGUUUAAGACUACUGUAUGGACUGCUGUUAUUCAAAUGUUUAAAAACUGCCAUUUCUAUUGAUAUUGCAACAUAAAAACAAAUUUCCUUACCAGGUGAUAGAUAGGUUAGGUAAAUAUUUGAUGUAUAUGCUACAGAUGUUAUUCCAAACUUCUUUUUUUAAGUUGAUUUUAUGUAAUGCCUUUGAUUUUUUGGUGCUCCUAUGUUUCAAUGUCUUAUUUGAUGACUUGAUAUUGCAGUUUGUUUCUUAAUGGCAAUACUCCUUAAAGGCUGUUUCAGAAUGGCUUUGUCAUCGAAGACCACACGUUUGGGCUUUGGCUGUUUUCAGUCAGUAAUCACAGAUUGAGGUUUUAGUUGUUUUCAGGGUGGUCAUCCCAGCAUCAGACUAGACCCUCUGCCGAUAUAUGCCAUUUCAUGUUCGCUAAUAAAUUUUCCAUUGAACUGUGAUUAAUACCAAUUAUAUACUGCAUACAUAUUGCCCAUGUUUUCCAUUUGAUGCCGUAUUAUGAAAAUAUUGACAUUUGAGAUAUAUUAGAAUCUUGAUAAUUUAAUGAAUGUUUAUUUUUCUUGAUCUCUCAUGACUGAACUUGUAGAAUUGCUUUCAAAUUUGAUAUAUUUUUUAUUUGCAUAGGCAUUUUUUUUAGAUUUGUUUCUUUUAGAAUGACCCCAAUGUUUUAUAAAUAUAAUAUUGUCAAAUGCCAUAUAAAAUGCUGACUUCUGUUGCAUGCCAUGUUAGUUCAUUUUGAAUAAAUUUUAAAAUUCUAUGUAAAACCUGCAUAUUUGUUAAAAUUCUUAAUAUGCCGUCCACUUUUGCAAAUUCAUUAUUAGAAAUCUUUAUAUCAUAAUGAAUGUUUUACUUGACAUUUUGAAAUUGGUGCAUCUUUUAUAUGAAGACGAAAUCUCUACAUAAAAUGAUCAUUGUGCAUGUGUGUUUCUACAGAUUUUACAUGUAUUUGUCAAAGCGAUUUGCUAAAUUAUUCAGACCUGCAAGUUGGCGAGUCCAGGCAGAAUGGUGUUGGUGCCUUCCUUGUUGCAAGGCUAAACCCCAACAGGAGCACAAUUCUGGAAUGGAAUCCUAAAUGUAGGGUAAAUAAUAAUAACCAGAUAGUCUUAAUCAUUCCAUUAAUUUUACCAGUUGCCAUCUUGCUCAACAUAAACACUUAAAUUAUGCUAUGUUUUAAACUCACUUGCCCUCAUUAAAAUUGAAAUAGAUUAUGACCAUGUUUUUUUCUCUCUGAAAUUGAUAAUGCGUAUAUAUGUAUGUGUAUCUUAUGUGCAUAUAUGGUAUUGCCUUGAACAUGUACUAUAUAUUUAUAUAAUAAAUGGCAACUCUUCAAUGUUUUACAUAUAAAGUUGCCAGGGAAAACUUAAUUUUUUAGUUAUGCAUAUUCACAUUAGUUUUUGAAAAAAAUGCUGAAUAAUUUUAUUGCAAAAUGUUGAUGUUUACUUUUUUCCUUUUAUUGCAUAAAUGUUCUGUUUUAAUGUAAUUGCUUGAUACACAAAACAUUUGAACAACUUGAAAAUGCAUUGUUUUUGUUAUCAUGUUGUUAAAUUAUUAUAUGAAUUUCGUUUUUUGAAUCGUGCAAGUUCAGUCAGGAUCAAAAGUAUUACAUCUCAGUAUUCUCUUAGAAUAUGCAUUUUAUUGUAGAAAAUAUGAAAAUAAGAUGUAAAUAUUGAAGAAAAACAAAUUGAAUGUUGCAUUGAAAUAUGUUUAUAUCAUUGCCCUGUACUGUUCUACUAAUAGCAACAUGAAUAUGGAAGUAGAGGGUGCCCUAUGGGUGGUUUCUCUCAAGUGUUUAAACUCUGUUUUAUUUUAACCUUUAUUUUAAUCCAUAAUAUGUGAUUUAUAUUCCAUGAUGUAUGUUGAAUGGCAGCUUUAGAUAUAUUUCAAGUUACUGGUAUCAUUGAGGGAGACAUGGUUUUCGUGUACAUAUUCUUGGAAAUAAACUGCAAUGUGUUUUAUUGGAUCAAUAUCAACAAGUUUGUGCCAAACUUUACAUGUCAUGAUAAUCGUGUUAACUAUCUGAAGAUGGUUUUCUGUUCGGUCUAGUCGAAUCCAGUUUGGACAGGUACUUAUCUUCAAGGAGCUUUGCAAUUAGUGGAGAAAGAUUUUUCUUUCUUGUUCCAUGUGGGAUUAAUCAUUUUGCCUGACAACAAUUAUGAAUUAUCGGGGCAGUUGCUCUUAUGUCAGACUUGUUCUGUACAGGUUAUUGUGAAAGAAACAAACAAAUUGGCUUGCCAAGAAAUAAGACUUAGUGUAUAGUUCUACUCAAUUGAUGAAUUAUUAUUAUUACCAUUUUAUGACCAUGUACUUCGCAUCUUUCUUCUUUUUUUUCCUCUUUUUUUUUUUUCUCUUCAAUAUUUGAUUCGCUGUUCUCAUAAAUAUAUAAAAAUUAAUACAGUGCUUGAAAUGUCAGAUACAUAUUUUUUUUAGAAGUUUUUUGUCAUGUGUAUUUGAUGCUCAUGUUGAUGAAUGUAGAUGGCAUCCUAUGAACAAUUUCAUUUGAGGCAUUGAUCGUUUUGAGUUAUUCACUUUUAGUGCUUGUUUCAAUAUUUCAUCCCAGAAUUUUGUACAGUGAUUUGGUUUGCUUGUUCUUCCAUACUACUGUAAUCUUUGUGACACUGAAUAAAACAAAAAAUAAAAA